AUGGAUGAUUUACAAGAUACUGGUCAAAUUGGUGUUAAGACGUUGAUUAAUGACGUCUACCGAUCACAAUCUGCGGAAAGUACACCCCGUCAUUUGUUUCCAACAUUAUAUGUUGGCGAAAGUAUUUUUGGGCUGUUUGCAAUGCCAGCUUUCGUAGAUAGUCGUACAGUUACUGUAAUUCCGAAUUAUAUUGGUCCUCCGCUAUUGGAAGGUCCAUCUGUUGCAGCAGUGAAUCGUGGCCUGGAACCAGCUAUUAUUUCUUCAGCUCGGUCUGGAGCUUUGAUUGAUCUACAUUUGGGAGAAAGAAAUCAGGAGGUGGUCAAUAGAGAAUUUCUGGCGUUAGGUUAUCAUGAACCACCACAGUUAGCUCGAUCAGAGUUUGUUGUUCCACAUAAAUUUGAUCAUCAUAAACGAUAUCGAUCUUUAUCAUUCGUGACAGCAGAUAUACAAUCUCAUGAGUUCACAGUUGAAACCUCAAAAAUUAACUACUAUAAAGAGCCUGGAUCGUAUAGUUUGUGGAAAACUAAUAAAGUGGAGAUAAUUAUCGCUGCUUUGUCAACUGUAAUAAUCUUUUCUGUUAGCUGUUGGUUUUGUAUGCAAAAGUUACGUAAUCACAGGAAAGGAAAACUGCUAGCCCAACGGGCAAGUUAUGCGCAAACAUCUAAAAGUCAUUCCAGUAUCUGGUAUGCGCGUCAAAAUCAAGAAUUAGCAGAUGGGUGGUUGCAAGCUGGAAAAAUUACAUACAAUCCUUACGAUCGUCUUGGAUAUGGAUGUGAAGGAACUGUCGUGUUUAGAGGAAAAUUUGAUGGUCGAGAAGUAGCAGUAAAGCGUGUCAUUGCAGAUAUCCAACUUGCUGAUCGUGAAGUUGAUCUUUUACGUGAAAGUGAUGUUCAUCCAAAUGUGAUUAGAUAUUUUUGCAUGGAAUGUGAUAGCAAUUUUCGAUAUAUUGCUCUUGAGCUAUGCGAUUAUUCAUUAUAUGAUUACGUUGAUAGCGCAGAGAUCCGAAAGUGCUGUCCACUUAGUGCUAUGGAGAUUCUAUUACAGGCAACUGAAGGGCUGGCUUAUCUCCAUACUAUAAAUAUAGUUCAUCGUGAUAUGAAACCACAAAAUGUGCUGAUAUCAAAAAGUACAAUGCAGAAUACUAUACGGGCAUUAAUUUCGGAUUUUGGUUUAUGUAAACGACUUAAAGCAGGUCGUAAUUCAUUGUCGCGCAGAUCUGGUGUGAUGGGUACUGAUGGUUGGGUCGCACCCGAAGCUUUAAUGUCUGAUACAAGUAUCACUUGUGCAGUUGACGUUUUCUCGCUUGGUUGUAUUUAUUAUUAUGUGCUUGCAAAUGGAACUCAUCCAUUUGGAGACCCAUUAAAACGACAAGCAAAUAUCAUCCAAGGAGAUUAUAAUUUGGAUUCGUUAGAUGUGAAUUCUUCAGUUAAUUUGUUGGCUAUUGAACUGAUCGAAUUGAUGAUACGAGCAGAUCCUCUUCUUCGUCCGACAUCAGCUGCUUUGGUAGUGCAUCCUUUUUUUUGGAGCAGAGGACGUCAACUUCAAUUUUUCAUGGAUGUUAGUGAUCGAAUCGAAAAAUUAGGCGAUAAUGAUAUUUUAUUACGUCGGUUGGAAAAAAAUGCUCGUUCUGUUAUUGGUGUGAAUUGGCGUCAUAAUAUUUGUGCUACUCUUUCUUUGGGUUCGUCCUUCUCGUCCGAAAUCUUUGUUCUAAAAAAUGUGUUUAUCAGAGUUUAUAAUGAUCAAAAGCAAAACAAAAGGCACUAG